GGGACAUAUAUGUUAACUGGAGUUAAAUUUGAAACCACUGUGUGUUGAGCGUGGAGUUUGUGACUUUGCGCAGAAGAGAAUCUGUUCUUUUUGCAAAUUGCAGCCCAUAAAGAGCAGCUCUCUUCUCAUUUGCCCCGAGAGAACCGCGAGAGAGAGAGAGAGAGAGAGAGAGAGAUGUCGGACGAGGAGCAUCACUUCGACUCGAAGGCUGACGCGGGAGCCUCAAAGACCUUCCCCCAGCAGGCCGGAGCCAUCCGCAAGAACGGCUACAUCGUCAUCAAGGCCAGAGCGUGCAAGGUGGUAGAGGUUUCUACAUCCAAAACUGGCAAGCAUGGCCAUGCAAAGUGCCACUUUGUGGGAAUCGAUAUAUUUAAUGGGAAAAAGCUUGAAGAUAUUGUUCCUUCAUCCCACAACUGUGAUGUUCCCCAUGUUAAUCGUACUGAUUAUCAGCUGAUCGAUAUCUCUGAGGACGGCUUUGUGAGUCUUCUAACUGAAACUGGAAACACCAAGGAUGAUUUGAGGCUUCCCACCGAUGAAAAUCUGCUCAGUCAGAUUAAAGAUGGGUUUGCUGAAGGAAAGGACCUUGUCGUGACUGUCAUGUCUGCAAUGGGAGAAGAGCAGAUAUGUGCUCUCAAGGAUAUCGGCCCUAAAAACUAAAUCUGGUUAUAGCUGAAAACAGAACUCCAUUUGUGUUUCUAAGGGAGUUUUAUUCACUACUGUGCGACAAACUUCUGUUAAAAGAUGGCUUUUUAGAUGUGUAACCAAAACUUGUUAAAAGAAGGAAACAAGGCAGGGACUGCUGAUGGUCCUGAUGGAUAGAUCAUAUUUCUGCUUGAUAAUAUAAUAUUAUUCCUAUA